AGUGUAAACCGCGUUUUUUUUUUUAUUAUAAGACGUUGCACAAGGGAAUAAAGAUCCGGGAAGGGACGCUGUGACCCCCAGUACGAGCCCACAAACCUGCGUCAGAGGCCGAAUCUGGACAUCCGGAAUGAAACGGUGUCAUUAAGGAUUAUUACUUUUCUUCGAGAGUGACUCGAGGCCUGUGUGAGUCGGUGGUGUUAUGGCCUUUUCGUUUUGCGGCAACGACAACUUCAGCAAAAGUUCCCACAACCCGUACAGCGUGGUCAACGGCGUGCUGAACAAUGGCUGCUUCGUGGACGCCCUCAACCUGGUCCCCCACGUCGUCCUGCUCUUCAUCACCUUCCCCAUCCUCUUCAUCGGUUGGGGCAGCCAGAGCUCCAAAGUCCAGAUCCACCACAACACGUGGCUCCAUUUCCCCGGACACAACAUGAGAUGGAUCCUCACCUUCUCUCUGCUUUUUGUCCACGUCUGCGAGUUCGCGGAGGGCAUCGUCUCCAACCAGAUGCAGAAUACCAACCACCUCCACCUCUUCAUGCCGGCCUUCAUGGGCUUCGUUGCCGCGACGACAUCAGUGGUUUACUACCACAACAUCGAGACGUCCAACUUCCCCAAACUGCUGCUGGUCCUGUUCAUCUACUGGGUCUUGGCGUUCAUCACAAAGUCCAUCAAGCUGUGGAAGUUUGCGGAGGAGCACAUCGGCCCUCAGCACCUGAGGUUCUGCAUCACGGCGCUGCUGGUGCUGCUGUACGGGCUGCUGAUGGGCGUCGAGAUCAACGUCAUACGAGUCAGGAGAUACGUGUUCUUUGCCAACCCCCAGAAGGUGAAACCACCAGAAGAUUUACAGGAUCUGGGCGUUCGCUUCCUGCAGCCGUUUGUCAACCUGCUGUCCAAGGCGACAUACUGGUGGAUGAACCCUCUCAUCAUGGGAGCUCAUAAGAGGCCGAUAGAGCUGAAGAAGAUCGGCAAGCUGCCCAUCGCCAUGAGAGCCCUCACCAACUACCUCCGGCUCAAAGACGCCUACGAGGACCAAAGGACAGCCGAGGACCCGAACCGCGCCCCGUCCAUCUGGCGCUCCAUGUAUCGGGCGUUCGGGCGGCCCAUCCUGCUCAGCAGCACCUUCCGCUACCUGGCCGACCUGCUGGGCUUCGCCGGGCCGCUCUGCAUCUCCGGCAUCGUCAAGCACCUGGAGCCCUCCAAGAACGCCACAGUGAUGGGGGAGAGACAUCCAGUCUCUAAUCUGUACUUCAUGUCCUCCACCGAGCUGCUGCAGAACACUUCGGUCCUGGCCGUGCUCCUCUUCCUGGCUUUAGUCCUCCAGAGGACCUUCCUGCAGGCCUCGUACUACGUCACCAUAGAGACGGGCAUCAACCUGCGGGGAGCUCUGCUGGCGAUGAUUUACAACAAGAUCCUGCGUCUGUCCACCUCCAACAUGUCCAUGGGGGAGAUGACGCUGGGGCAGAUCAACAACCUGGUUGCCAUAGAAACCAACCAGCUGAUGUGGUUCCUCUUCCUCUGCCCUAACCUGUGGGCCAUGCCUGUACAGAUCGUGAUGGGAGUGAUCCUGCUCUACUACCUGUUGGGCCCCAGUGCUUUGGUUGGAGCGUCUGUCAUCGUGCUGCUGGCUCCGGUCCAGUACCUCAUAGCUACAAAGCUGGCAGACACACAGAAAAGCACACUAGAACACUCCACAGAUCGUCUGAAAAAGACCUCGGAGAUCUUAAAGGGCAUCAAGUUGCUGAAGCUGUACGCCUGGGAGAAUAUCUUCUGUGACAGCGUGGAGGACACCAGAGGCAAAGAGCUCACCAGCCUCAAGACCUUCGCCUUCUACACCUCAAUGUCCAUUUUCAUGAACGCUGCUAUUCCCAUUGCUGCCGUACUUGCGACGUUUGUGAUGCAUCACUUCCUGACUCAAACCGGUCCCACUCCCUCUGAGGCCUUUGCAGCUCUGGCGCUGUUCCACAUCCUGGUCACCCCUCUCUUCCUGCUCUCCACUGUGGUCAGAUUUGCUGUCAAGGCUCUGGUCAGUGUCCAGAAGCUCGGUGAGUUUCUUCAGAGCGACGAAAUUGGAGACGACAGCUGGAGAAACGGAGACAUGUCCGUUUCCAUGGAAGCAGGGAAAAAACACCUGGGGGUGACCAAAGCCAUCAACAGGAAGCAGCCGAUGCGCUACCAGAUGGACAACUACGAGCAGCCGACCAGGCGGCAGAUGAGACCCUCGGAGACGGAGGAUGUGGCUGUGAAGGUGACCAAUGGAUUCUUCACCUGGGGAAACAACCUGUCCACGCUGUCAGACAUCAACAUCCGCAUCCCCACAGGUCAGCUGACUAUGAUUGUGGGCCAGGUGGGUUGUGGGAAGUCGUCCCUGCUGCUGGCCAUGCUCGGAGAGAUGCAGACCAACGAUGGAAGAGUCUACUGGAGCAAGCUGCCUGAUAAUGAGACGCUCUACGAGGGGAACUUCAGCAAGAACAGAUACUCUGUGGCCUACGCUACCCAGAAGUCCUGGCUGCUCAACGCUACAGUGGAGGAGAACAUCACCUUUGGCAGCCCGUUCAAUAAACAGAGGUACAAGGCUGUGAUAGACGCCUGCUCUCUGCAGCCAGACAUCGACCUGCUGCCUUUUGGAGACCAAACUGAGAUCGGAGAGAGGGGCAUCAACCUGAGUGGAGGUCAGAGGCAGAGGAUCUGUGUGGCCCGAGCUCUCUACCAGAACACCAACAUCGUCUUCUUGGACGACCCCUUCUCAGCGCUGGACAUCCACCUCAGCGAUCACCUGAUGCAGGAAGGAAUCCUCAAGUUUCUGCAGGACGAUAAACGGACUGUAGUCCUGGUCACACACAAACUGCAGUACCUCAUACACGCAGACUGGAUUAUAGCGAUGAAGGACGGCUAUGUGCUCAGAGAGGGAACUCUGAAGGACAUUCAGACUCACGACGUUGAACUUUAUGAUCACUGGAAGACGCUGAUGAACAGACAAGACACCGAGCUGGAGAAGGACAUCCAGCAGGACAGUCAGACAACUCUAGAGAGGAAAACACUCAGACGAGCUUUUUACUCCAGAGAGGCAAAGAACCAAGUCGACGAUGACGAGGAAGAGGAAGAAGAGGAGGAGGAAGAUGAUGACAACAUGUCCACGACCACCAACAGAAGAUCAAAGAUCCCCUGGAGGGUGUGCUGGUGUUAUCUGUCCUCUGGUGGCUUCUUCAUGGUCUUCCUCAUGGUGUCCUCCAAACUCCUCAAACACUCGGUCAUUGUUGCCAUCGACUACUGGCUGGCUAUCUGGACUAACUCCAAAACCAAAACCAAUGCAGCAGCAGGAGCAGCAGAAGCAGCAGGAGCAGCAGGAGCAGCAGCAGGAGCAGCAGGAGGAGGAGCAGGAGGAGGCAUGUUGGUUGGAUCCAGCCUGCCGACCGUUAUCAGCAGCACACUGACCACGAUCGCUCCUCCAGCUGAGAGUGACUGGUACUUUCUGAUGGUGUUUAUCAUCCUGUGUGCGGCUGGCAUCACGUUAUGCCUCAUCACCUCCCUCACCGUGGAGUUCCUGGGUCUCUCUGCAGCCACCAACCUGCACCACAACCUGCUCAACAAGAUCAUCCACGCUCCCAUCAGGUUCUUUGACAUCACUCCCCUGGGUCAGAUCCUCAACAGAUUCUCAGCUGAUACCAACAUCAUAGAUCAGCAUAUUCCUCCGACUCUGGAGUCGUUGACCAGGUCCACGCUGCUCUGUCUGUCGGCCAUCGGGGUCAUUUCCUCCAUCACUCCAGCCUUCCUCUUAGCCUUGAUUCCCCUGGCCGUGGCCUUCUACUUCAUCCAGAAGUACUUCCGAGUGGCCUCCAAGGACCUGCAGGACCUGGAUGACUCCACACAGCUUCCUCUGCUCUGCCACUUCUCUGAGACAGCUGAAGGCCUCACCACCAUCAGAGCAUUCAGACACGAGGCUCGUUUUAAACAGCGCAUGCUGGAGCUGACGGACACCAACAACACGGCUUACCUGUUCCUGUCUGCUGCCAACCGCUGGCUGGAGGUCCGCACGGACUACCUGGGAGCAGUGAUCGUGCUGACAGCAGCAGGGGCCAGUAUCUGGGGCUCCGGCUCCUGGCUGCCGUCUGCAGGCCUGGUGGGCCUCGGACUCACCUACGCCCUCACUGUCACCAACUACCUGAACUGGGUGGUGAGGAACCUGGCGGACCUGGAGGUCCAGAUGGCGGCUGUGAAGAAGGUCAACAGCUUCCUGAGCACCGAGUCUGAGAACUACGAGGGAUCUAUGGACACCUCUCAGGUGCCUGAGAACUGGCCCCAGGACGGUGAGAUAAAGAUCCAGGACCUGUGUGUGCGCUACGACCCCAUGCUCAAACCCGUCCUCAAACACGUCAACAUGUACAUCGAACCAGGCCAGAAGGUGGGAAUCUGUGGACGCACCGGCAGUGGGAAGUCCUCUCUGUCCUUGGCCUUUUUCAACAUGGUGGAUAUUUUUGAAGGGAAGAUCGUCAUCGAUGGCAUCGACAUCUGUAAACUUCCUCUGCAGACGCUCAGGUCCAGACUCUCCAUCAUCCUCCAGGACCCGGUUUUAUUCAGUGGAUCAAUAAGGUUUAAUCUGGAUCCAGAGAGGACGUGUACUGACGAUCGGCUCUGGGAGGCUCUGGAGAUCGCUCAGCUGAAGCACAUGGUGAAAGCUCUGCCUGGAGGACUCGACGCGGUGGUGACAGAAGGAGGAGAGAACUUCAGCGUGGGGCAGAGGCAGCUCUUCUGUCUGGCUCGAGCUUUUGUCAGAAAGAGCAGCAUCCUGAUCAUGGACGAGGCCACGGCCUCCAUAGACAUGGCCACGGAGAACAUCUUACAAAAAGUGGUGAUGACUGCAUUUGCAGACAGAACGGUUGUUACAAUCGCACACCGCGUCCACACCAUCCUCACAGCCGACCUGGUCAUCGUGAUGAAGCGAGGGAACAUCCUGGAGUACGACAAACCUGAGACUCUUUUGGAGCAGGAGGACGGGAUGUUCGCCUCGUUCGUCAGGGCUGACAUGUAGACAUACAAGUCAGUCAGCUACGCCCCGACAACCGACAGACAUCUUUUAUAUCUUAAUGAGGUGGACAAACCUCUAGAAACACUACAACACUCCAAAUGAAGCCAAUAACGUGUCUCUUUAACGAGAGAAAACAGAUCCAGAAAAACCAGUUAUUACAUAUUGUACUUGAAUCAUUCAGUCAGCCAAUUAAAUGUUGCCUUUCUUUAUAGUGGAAACACCAUUUAUCAUUUAAAUGAAUUGCCAAGUUCAUCCAGUUUUUUUAAAUUGGAAAGCAGCAGACGCACAUAUCCGGAGUUAUUCAUGACGUUAAACAAUGGACAAAUCUUGGUUCUAGUUCUAGUAUAAAGAGUAAAAAUAUGUGAAGCUACUGGGUAGAUUUUGAUUAAUCAGAGAUAAUUUGGUUGCAAAAUAUGGCUUUCUUCUCAGUCUCAUUCUGGGAAUAUUGAAAUUCUUAUGCUUAUUCUGUGUCAACAAAUCCCAUAAAAGACAGAUAUACACUACCACUCGAAAGUUUGGGGUCACUUAGAAAUGUCCUUAUUUUUUUAGAAAAGCACAAUUUUUUAAAAUUAAAAUACCAGACACACAGUCUAGACAUCGUUAAUUUGGUAAAUGAUUAUUAAAGCUGGAAAGGGGCUGAUUUUCUUAUCAAAUAUCUAUUAUAUAUUGUCCUGUGUUCCAGUGGCACAUUGUGUUAAUCCACGUUUAUA